GUAGUUCCCAGCGGCAGAACAAAGCCCAUGGGCCAAGGGGGAGGUCUGGGGAGGGCAAAAGGGCGUCUUCUUCUUCUCUCCCCCCCCCCUCUGCGGGUGGGAUCCCGAAAAAGAGGCGGGGGAACGCAGAGCCCGCGAAGAGGGAGGGGAGAAGCCCCCUCCUUGUAAACCUCCCUCCUCCCUUGCAGAUUGUUGUUGCAGAACUGCAAUUCCGAAGAGGGUUUGCGAGCCCCAGAGAAGAGUCAGAGGUGGGGGGUGGGUGGGUGGCUUUUCCCUGCAGGGGAAGGGGGAUAUUUGGGGGAGAAAGAUGGGGUCUCCCGUGGCCUCGAAUCUUUCGGGUCUCCUGCGGCUGGAGGGAGAAUCUGGUUCUCGCAGGUCUGCAGGAAAGAGAUUCCCUGUGUCCUUUGAGGAGGUAGCCAUGUUCUUCACGGAGGAAGAAUGGGCUCUGCUGGAUUCAGGCCAAAGAAAAGUCUUCUGGGAAGUGAUGGAGGAAAAUUAUGAGAUGGUGGCCUCUCUGGGAAACUACAUGUCCCAGAAGGCCUUACAAGCACCAGAAAGAUCAGCUUUGCCAUUUUUCUGUGUCAAGGAGGUGGUUUCUCUUCAAAGUGGAGGAGGACAAAUAUGGAAUAUGGACAUCCGCAGGGCUUCUUUUCUCUCAUGCUUCCCCUUGUUGGAGGGAGAAUUUGGCUCAUGCACAUCUGCAGGACAGAUAUUUGCUGUGUCCUUUGAGGAUGUUGCUACGUGCUUCACGGAGGAGGAAUGGGCUCUGCUGGAUUCUGGUCAAAGAAAACUCUGCUGGGAAGUAGUGAAGGAAAAUUACGAGACCUUGUGCUGUCUGGGUAAGGAUGUUUUCCCUGUGAUCAUGAAUAAGGAAAAGAGCGGAGAGGUAAUAUCUUCCUUUGGCCUUCUUGAAUUUCAGGAAACAAUUCCCUUUGUCAUAGCAGAAGGAAUGGUACUCCCACACUUGGGGAUGUUACAGCAUCUCUCCAAUGCUGUUUAAUGUAUAUAUUUGCCAGGUAUUUUCCCUGUAGGAAACAAUUCUGCUGUGUCAUAAGCGAGUUCCCCAGACAGUGAUGUAAGCAGCUUGACUUUUGCAGCUUAAUCAGUGAAAACUAGCCCAUUUGACAAAUCUGUCUUUGUGGCACGUAGACCUUUGACCAUGUUUAAAAUGCCCCAUACUGGAUUCUAGUUUAUGUUUGCUGAAGUAGACUUAACAUGGCCCCCCUCAAGAGCACUUUCCUACCAAGUUGUGUGGAAGCGCUAUUUUACAGAACUCUGACAGGUGCCUGUUUCCAGGGCUGGGUUAACCUGAUGUUCAUUAUCUGCAAGAAAUCCUCAGUAGAGCAUAAUAAAGUUUAACAAAUUUAUUUAGGGGUAAUAGGGGCACACAAGCACAAUAUAAUCAAAGCAGCAGAACACACACACAGUGCUAGGAUAUAAACAGUGUUGAGGGGAUAGGUUUGGAAUAGAUGAAAUAAAAUUGGGGAGUUAGGGUUAUAGUCACCUGAUCUUGGAGCAGAAAGGUCCAAUGAACAGAGCUGAGCGACCUGCGCUAGCUCUGGUAGAAGAAAGAACAACGCAUUGGGGACAAUAUCAGGAGACAGAAAGGUGUCCAGAAAUAUUGAUCACUGGCUUCUGGGAGAGCGGGUUUCUUUUAGGGGAAAAGGGACCCGUAGGGUUAUGCAGAGUGGCCCUUAAUCUCCCAGGACAAAGGGGAGUCUUGUCUUUCUAGAGGAAGACAGGAAACAGACAUCAACUUUAAAUGUUGUAAUUAAGCUAAUGGUUUGAGUUCUUAGGCUGAUGGGCUAGGCUGGGAGUGCCCAGAGGUGGGCAGAGUAUAGGAUGUACACUGUUGUACUAAAGUAGAACACCCCCCCCCCCCCCGCAAGGGUCAGUCUGGUAACAUCCACUCCGCCCCAACAAAGGCUGUGACACCAAUUGCUGGCUUUGUUUAAUGUCAUUACAAUUCACAGAUGAGACCUUCAAUAAACAAUGCAAUAGUGUUAGAGUGUAGAAUCAACCAGAAUUCUAAAAACAUACCUGAGGGAAAGCAUAAAUAUUAAUGUUGGACAUUACAUGAUGCAGAAUCACAUAGUAGGAUCUGAUGUUCUUCAAACUAUACAUGGUAUCAUAGAUCACAGUCCCUCAUGAUUUUUUUAGCCCUUUGCAAAUUGUUUCAUAACUUGCUUGUCUCCUGCUUGCCCUGUUCUAGACCUCAGUGUGUUUGGUUCAGGACCUGACAUGUUGUUUGCUCUUCUGGU